UGGACUUGGAAAUGAAAAUUGUCAACAUGGCAGCAGACAGAACAGCCCUUUUUAAGGCAUCAAUUAAAACAGUUCGGACAAGAAAUAAAGCUCUUGGUGUCGGAAAGGACUCUUCAAAGUCAACCCUCCUGAGUCAUGCACAAAAAAUGAAGGACGACUUUGCUAUAAAAGCAAAAGAAGUGGUGAUCACAAUCUCCAAACUGAAGGAUUUCUUGCUGGAGCACAGGAAACAGUAUAUCAAUGCUGCGAGUCACCUUGUGAAUGAUAGCUGCCACAUGUCGGAUGCUGAGAGAGAUCAGAUAGACUCAGACGCCCAGGAUUUCAUGCGAACAUGCUCAGACACAAUAAGGCUCUUCAAAACGGAAGCUCAUCGUCAAAAUGUGCCUUCCCAAGUGAGACAACAUAGAGAAGUAGUGUUUGAACUCAUUGAUGCUUAUCUGAAAGGUGUAUGUAAGCUGUACAGUGAGCAGAGAGCUAUUAGAGUGAAGCGUGUUGUGGACAAGAAACGCAUAUCAAGACUGAGACAGGAUGGACCUUCAUCUAAGUCAAAGCAGUCUGUUUCGAACAAUGGAGAUGAUCAAGUGAAAAAUAACCCACCAUUGGACCUGCAUCUAACCAGUCAAGAGGAAGAAGAUGAAGAACUCUCACCUGAGGAGAUACGAAUGUUUCAACAAGAAAAUCAGAGAUUAUUUAAUGACAUGAACUGCCUGGUGGAUGAAGUGAGACAAAUCGAGGGUAAAGUCGUUGAGAUUGCACAGCUCCAGGAGAUAUUUACAGACAAAGUCCUCCAACAGAGUGCAGACAUAGACAGGAUAGGUGACACGGUGGUGCACACAACAGAGAACAUCACAGCAGCCAAUCAAGAUAUCAGAGAGGCAAUCAAGAACAAUGCUGGAAUGAGGCUGUGGAUUCUUUUCUUCUUAGUUGUAUGUUCAUUCUCUCUCCUCUUCUUGGACUGGUAUAGCUAGCAAGUCAAUGUCAUCUUUAAUAAGGAAAGUCAAGUAUCUGUCAUACAAUGGCAAUUCUAAAGAAGGUACUGGUAUCUUAAAGUUAACUGUGAAGAUUGAUUAUGUAUUAAACAAGAAAAAUGUGAGGUUUUGUGAGGUCUUGUAAUCAUCAAAAUGAUUUUAAAAAGAUCAAAUAACUUGAUAGAAAAUUGAAUGCUGGUAAAAGCAUUGCACAUACAUGUAGAUAUGGAUAUACAUGUGCAGGCCUACACAUACAAUAUAUAUGACAUCAACUUUGGUCUAUACUUUUCAGUUAUAUUUGGAAUAUGAGGGCAUUUUGAGGCCUAACUUUUUCAUGUGUCAUUUCUAUCAGGAUAUUUUUUUCCACGGUGAAAUGUUAAAGAAAUGAGAAAACUUCAAAAAGUUUUCUGUUUCACCUUUAUCGGAGCUUAGCCUUCUCUUAAAAGUCCUUGGUUCCUUUACCAUCUCAAAUUGCCUCUCCACCUUCUAGAAAUGCUGUUGGAGGUAAAGUGUUGGAUCUUGCAUUAUAUAUAUCGUAUGGAACUUCCAAGAUUGAGUCAUUAAAUAUGGCCUGUCAAUAAUAAAACAAUAAUAAAGGUGGCUUCUUGAAUAGCACAUUGUGUUCGUCACGUUGUGACGUCCUGGCACUCCAACAUUUUUUACCCCCAGUCAUAGCUGGCAGCCAAAUAUGUAGCACUCGGGCCUAUUGGGUACCAAUGCACACCUAGGUGGAUAGUGGCAAAUGUGGAUUAAUAUCUUGCCAUAAUCAGUCAUAAUAACUCAUAAUGUAUUUGUUUGCGGCAAUUUCUCAUUAAUCAUGAAGAUAAUGAUUGUAAUAUGUAAUACGAAGUACAGUAUUAGAUUUCAUUUUUAGUGAUAAGGGUUUGGACAGUAUUUUAUUUUGCCUGAAAAUUGUUUUUGGUCUGCAGUUAUGCAGCAUAAUUAUCCUUGACCCUAGCUGUGUACCUUAUGCUGAGAGCUAAGGCCAAGUA